AUGCGUCAUUUGGUACUACCACGAACGACAUCGCGCAUUGUCACACCAUGUUGCUAUUCCUCGGUUGCUCACUCCAGCGCACUGCUCCAAAAAGCACAGCAACAGCUACAUAGAAGCCAAACAAGGGCCGCUUCUGCAUCUAGCAGCAGCACGAAAAGACGUGAAACCCCGUUCCGUAUGGCCGUGAUUGGCUCCGGGCCGGCUGGUUUCUACACGGCCUAUCAUGUAAUGUCGCGGAUUGACAACACCAAAGUCGACAUGUUCGAAGCUCUGCCGGUGCCGUUUGGUCUCGUGAGAUUCGGUGUUGCCCCUGACCACCCGGAAGUUAAGAAUUGUCAAGACAAGUUCAACGAGGUUGCUGCGUCGCCAAACUUUAGGUUCGUUGGUAACGUGAGCAUAGAUCGCCCCAGCAACCACCAGGGAGGUGCGACAAUCCCUUUGUCUGCUCUCUUGCGCAACUAUCACGCCGUUGUCUUUGCCUACGGCGCUAUCCAAGACAGGACGCUUGGGAUUCCCGGCGAAGACCUGAAAGGAGUCUACUCGGCACGUGAGUUCGUCGGCUGGUACAACGGCCUGCCCGAGCAUGCUGGCUUGAACCCAGACCUCACGCAGGGCGAUGAGGCUGUCAUCAUCGGCCAGGGCAACGUAGCCCUUGAUGUCGCACGUAUGUUACUCCAGGACGUCAAUAUAUUGCGCAAGACGGACAUUGCAGAGCAUGCCGUUGAGGCCCUGUCCAGGAGCCGGAUCAAGAGGGUACACAUCGUCGGUCGUCGAGGCCCCAUGCAGGCUGCCUUUACCAUCAAGGAGCUCAGAGAGUUGGUCAAGCUCGAUCGUGUGGCGUUGCACCCUGUCGAUGCGUCCCUUGUGCCGAACCCCAAGGAGAUAAAAGAGAGACCUGCGAAACGUCUAAUGGACCUUCUCCUCAAGGGUUCUCCCGUGUCGCCGGCAGAGUCCUCCAAGUUGUGGUCACUUGACUUUUGUCUAUCUCCGACUCAAUUCAUCGGUAGCCGAGAGGACUCCUCAAAAUUAAGCGCUACCGAGUUUCAGCGCACAAUCUUGUCGAACAAGUUUGACCCGAAGGCUAGCGUACAGACCAUUUCAAACGAAACUAUGACAGUCCAGUCCUCCGUUGCGUUCAGAUCCAUCGGUUACAAGUCGGUACCUUUGCCGAGCUUCUCCUCUCUGGGAAUUGAGUUUGAUGAACACCGCGGAAUCUUACGCAAUGACGGCUUGGGCCGCGUGGCAAGGGAGGUGAGGACCACGGGCGCUGCCAUGGCUCAGGAGCAUUUCAAGGGUCUCUAUUGCGCAGGCUGGGUCAAAAGAGGCCCCACGGGCGUGAUCGCCUCCACAAUGGAGGAUGCUUUCAUCACUGGUCAAGCAAUCGUGGAAGACUGGCAUUCGGGCGCCGACUUUCUACCAUCUGGGAACGAACAAGGUUCUGCAUCACUCUCGGGCUGGGAUGGGGUUGUCCAAGAAGUAUCCGUAGGCGAUGCCAAGAUUUUAGACUGGCAGGACUGGCAGAAGAUAGACAGGGCCGAGAGGGAAAAGGGCCACCUCAGAGGCAAGGAAAGAGAGAAGCUACCUACAACAGAAGCCAUGCUGUCGGUGGUGUCAUGA